CUGAAAACUCUUCUUCAAUGGGAAGAGAAGAAAAAAGGGCAAAGCAAAUUGAUCUAUCUCUGAAGCUAGAAGGUCUUCAACAACAAGAAGAAGAAGAAGAAGAAGAGAAAGUGUUAACAGAAGAUCAAGAAAGUGAAACAUGUGAGAAGGAUCAAAUGGAAGCAACAACAAGAGAAGAGGAAGAAGAAGAAGAAGAAUAUUCAUCACCACAAGAGAAGUCAUUCCAAGAAAAUUUGAACCCAGAAGAGUUAUGUAUGCUUCAGAUGGAGAUGAACCGAAUGAAAGAAGAAAAUAAAGUAUUGAGGAAAGUGGUUGAGCAAACCAUGAAAGAUUAUUAUGAUCUCCAAAUGAAAUUUGCAGUUAUCCAACAAAAUAAUGACCCAAAAAAGGAUAAUGCACAAAUCUUUUUCUCACUUCACAGUGAAGGAAACACAAUUCAAAACCAAACACCUCCAUUAGUACUUUCUGAAGUUGAUGAUGCUAGAGAAGCUGCUGAGUUGGGAUUGUCAUUGAGAAUACAAACCAAUGUGCAGACACAUCAAAGAGAAAAAUCUAAAGAAGAAGAGCUCACAAAUUUUGUUCCUGUACAGAAUAAGUUCCAAAAGAGCGAAAGCGAAUUGGCCGGAAUUACAAAUCAUCCUGCAGCACCUCCUAAUAGAAAAGCAAGAGUUUCGGUCAGAGCAAGAUGUCAAGCACCCACUAUGAAUGAUGGAUGCCAAUGGAGAAAAUAUGGACAGAAAAUCGCAAAAGGAAAUCCUUGCCCUCGUGCUUAUUAUCGAUGCACCGUAGCUCCAGGAUGCCCAGUGAGAAAACAGGUGCAAAGAUGUCUAGAAGACAUGUCAAUACUGAUAACAACCUAUGAAGGAACUCACAAUCAUCCAUUACCAGUAGGCGCGACGGCAAUGGCUUCAACGACAUCGGCGGAAGCUACUUACGUGAUCAACAACACUACCCAAACAACCAAUUCUUACCACAAUAUUAUUAAUUCUCAUUCAUUAAUAAGCCCAUCUCACCAUUCAUCAAAUGCUUUCAACAAUAUUAUCAGUACUAAUUAUCCAUCUAAAGGAAUUGUUUUUGAUCUCACCAACAACAUUUUUGGUUCACAACAACAAUUCAUGACCCACUCAAACCCUAGUUCCUCACAAUAUUCACUUCCAAAGACACAAAUGACUAAUUAUCCUUGGGCAACUACCAGCAGCAGCUCAGUCUAUCAUAAUAAUAAUAAUGCUGCAAGUGAUAUUGCUUCUGAUCCCAAAUUCAAGGUUGCUGUUGCAGCUGCCAUUACAUCAAUUAUCAGUAAAGAAAGCCCAACAUCAGUUCAGCCUAAAGGACCUUCCAUGGUUCUUUCAGAUGGGGAGAGGGCUAGCUCUAGUAGUAAUAAAUGGACUCUUUAGUCUUUUCUUCCUUGUGGCUAAGCCUGUUCAAAAUUUGCAGAGAUGGAUGGAUUAGUUAUAAUUUUGUACAAAUAGAUUGAUGAAGAUAUAUUUUUUACAAUAUUUAAUUUGGA